AUUCGUCUCCCUGAUGUGAAAUUCUAUCUUAGUGUUGUGGGUUGGCCUGCUGAACAUCGAAAGAUGAAUGACACACCCGGUCCUCCCUGUGGAUCCAUAGACACAGCAGAUAUAGUGCUUCCAACUUAGGAUGUCAUCUAUUCAAGCCUUGAAACUUUGCGUGGUGUCACAAGCUAUCAGUUAUCUGUGCAGGAGAACAAAGGACUUGUCUGGGACAACAAACCUGAGUGUAAUUUUUUUAGAGAUAGGGAGAGCCAAGAAGAACAGUGUUUGCUGAUGCAGCUCUCCAAGGAAAACCCGGAACUAACAGAUGCUGGAAUAAGAAAAUAUUUCUACUUCAAAAAAAGGGGGAAGGUUCAGGAGAAAAGACUGAUGGGAUCCUUUGACUUUUUAAAGAAUAAAUACCAUGUGAAUUUAGAUGGAACAGCUGCGUUCCCAUACCUGUUAUUGGGUGACAGUCUUCUAUUUAAGGAGGAUUCUGAAUACCAUGAGCACUUCUAUAAGGAUCUGGCAUUGUGGAGCUAUUGUGUUUACUUAUUUCAGAUAUAUGCUCAACACCAAGCCAGUAGACCUGAAAUACGAGAAUUUACACCUCAGCUUGAUGACAACUGCAAUUGCCACAGGAAAACGCCUUCUGUGGAAGAACUUUAA